CGCAGGCGCACAUCGGCCUUAGAGACGAAUUGGGAAGCUGAGUGCAAUCAGGAGCCGGCGCUAUGGCGGAGACAGAUCCCAAAACUGUACAGGACCUGACCGCUGUGGUUCAGACACUUCUUCAGCAGAUGCAGGACAAGUUUCAGACCAUGUCAGACCAGAUAAUUGGCCGAAUUGAUGAUAUGAGCAGUCGCAUCGAUGAUCUGGAGAAAAACAUUGCUGACCUUAUGACCCAAGCAGGGGUAGAAGAAAUAGAAGGGGAAAACAAAGUACCUGCUACACGUAAUAGUUAAAGGUUUUGUUAAUCAUUUAGAGUGAAUUCUGGAAAAUGUUUUUUUUUACAAGCCAAGAGGUGAACGAACAGCUUUUCUCAACUAACUACUGUGUGCAAACAUUUUUUUAUUCUAAAGCUUGUAUCCCUAGAAUAUGCAGUUUAGUUGGGUUUCAAGGUGAUUUAUUUUUUGAUUUCUUGUAUGUGGUAGCUUCAUAAUAUAUGACAAAAUGUGUAAACAGUUAGUAAACUGAAAUUCUGACUACUCUUGGCUAAAAUUUUAAAAAUUUUUGGUGCAUUUAUUGUCGAGUCAUUUGUUGUUCCUUUUGUAGUAGUUUCAGUUUAACAACAAAUUGCUGUGAGUUUUUUUAAAGAAAUGUAUUAAUUUUUUCAACUGUUAUUAGACUCUCUUUGUGAAGUAAAACACCUAGAGUCUAUAGUUUGUAAUUCUCAGCACAAAAUUACUGUUGUACUAAUAACAAAUAAAUGGUAUGUUGACCAUAUUUUUAAAGCAGACAAAAAAAUUUGAGCAUUUUGUAUUUAGAUGUCUGUCAUUGCUGUGUUUCCGUGAUUGAGAACUAGACAUAAGAUUCUACUGUAAAAAGCCCUACAAAGGAGCUGAAAUUGGUGGACAGUAACUACUGCCACUUUUUAAUACACUAGAGGAUUUGGAUAGUGAUAACAUCUCAAUUCCUCACAAAUACUAGGGACAGAAAAUAACCUAUAAAGAUGAAUUACAUUCACUGGUUAGAAUUUUGUGUGUCAUAACACUUCAGUAAUUAGUUAUAACAUCAGAAGUGCUCAUUUUAAGAACCUGAGGGGGUUUUAAAAUCCACCUACUCUGUAUUUAUCUGUGCUACUGAUUUUAAAAAGCAUUUGUCAGUUAGAAGAAAAAGCAAGUGGCCAUUGUAAAUCCUUGUUCACUUGCUACUUACUGACUGAUAAAUGCCCUUAUUAUAAGCUUGGAUUUUUUAAAAAAAAUUGUGGGUGUUGUUGUUUACCUUUUUUCUUACCUAAAUGCUUGCAGUAUAACACUUUUGUAAUAGAUUUAGGUGGAAUGGAAAAUACCAAACAUUUUCAUCAUGGCAUAUUCUGUGUUUUAAUUAAGAGGUGAGGGACACAGUUUGGACACCCAGAUGACUGAUUCAUGAAAUUGCUCCUGUAUUUUAAAAAAAAAAAUUAAGGUCAAGAUAAAGCUGAAGGAUGAUAUAGAGGUAGAGGGCCAUUUUUCCUGGAGAGGAACUUUUAAGUGUAUAUUUUGUGAUUGUAGGAAAAAAUUUCUGUACCACAAGACAGUUUAUUGUAUUGUUAUAAAUAUGGAAUAAAGCUAUGAAAUAACA